UUCUACGUUUCCCUUACAUGAACAGGAAGACGACUUGGUAAGAUUGGUUCAUGAAAUGAAGAACAAUAGGCAUCCUGUUGAGGCGGAUUAGCUGUCAAAAUUUAUAGCCAAGUUGUCCAAAUUAAUAAUCAAGUUGUCCAAAAUAAGAGUCAAAUUCACCUCUACAUAUCAAUUCAUUUUUGAACGUAUUAAAACUAAUUUUAGUAGAAAUAGGACGAUAAAUAGCUUGCCAAGUUUCUAAACAACUCUUCUGAAAAGAGAGUAACAAAAAACGUCAAUUAGUAUCGAAAAUAUCGCAAUUCAAACUUGGAACAUCGACGCUUAUAAGCAGACUGGUCAAAAUUAUGAGCCCUUAUCAUAAAUGUACUAAAUGUUUUAUAUUUUUAAUAAAAAAUAAAUUAUUGCAAAAUAUUCCUUAGGCUUUUUUUUUAUAAAAACUCUGAGUCCUGAAUAAUAUAAGAAAAUUUGAAUAUUGUCUUAAAUGAUUUUUUUGAGAAAUGUUGAUUUUUUUUAUUUUGAGUAAUAUUUUGCUACUUGGGUAUUUUCUUGUGGUCGAGAGAAUCCGUUAAAAUUUAUCCACCUUUCAAAAAUUGGUGGGAAAACUUUUCUACGGAUAACAUCAGAUGGCGUUGGCUUCAGUUUGUUUUUGUUUUGACAUAACCUCAUUUCCAAAAGGUAAACAUUGAAGCGGUGAAAACGUUUUUAGUGAAUUUAUCUGGAAGAAAAUCAGGCGAAAAAUCUGAAAAAUGUCUCUGGCUGAUGAGUUACUUGCUGACCUCGAGGAGAACGACGAUGGAAUUGCGGAAACGCAGCCAGAGGAAGAGACACAGCACGUUGAUCCGGGAGAUGAUCAGGAAACUACGCUCGAGGGCGUUGAGGAGAUGGAAAUCGACUUGCAGGUGUCCUCAGUGAGAGAACUCUGCAAGCUGAGAGAUUCUCUCAAAUUGGCAGAUGUUCUGAGGCGCAUUGAGAUCUAUGCAAAAGAACUGGUGCCUAGGAAAUCCUCAGAAAUGGUGGGGAAUGUUGAGGCUGAUCCUGAGUAUCAGUUGAUUGUGGAAGCCAAUAUGAUAGCUGUAGAGAUUGACAAUGAAAUUGUUCUGAUACACCGAUUCACGAAGGACAAGUACCAAAAGAGAUUUCCGGAACUGGACAGCCUUGUGAUGGGGGAAUUGGAUUACAUUCGGACAGUGAAGGAACUGGGCAAUGAUUUGGACAAAGUGAAGAACAAUGAGACUCUGCAGCAGGUUCUCACUCAAGCCACAAUUAUGAUUGUCUCCGUGACGGCGUCCACAACUCAGGGAUCACAGCUCAAUGAAGGGGAACUGAAGCAGAUCCAGGAAGCCUGUGACAUGGCUAUCGAUCUGCACGGCUUCAAGAUGAAGAUCUACGAGUACGUGGAGAGUAGAAUGACCUUCAUAGCGCCCAAUUUGUCCGUGAUCGUUGGCGCUUCGACAGCUGCAAAGAUUCUGGGCCUGGCCGGAGGACUCAUCAAGUUGUCCAAGAUGCCAGCCUGCAAUGUCCUGAUUCUGGGCUCCAAGAAGCGAGUUCUCUCCGGAUUCUCAAAGGUCGCCAUGCUUCCACACACUGGCUUCAUUUACUACUCGGACAUUGUCCAGGAAACCCCUCCGGAUCUCCGGAGGAAGGCCGCUCGGCUGGUGGCUGCAAAGUGUACCCUGGCUGCAAGAGUUGAUGCUUGUCACGAGAGCACUCACGGGCAGAUUGGGCAGCAGUUUCGGGAGGAUAUCGAGAAGAAGCUGGAUAAGCUGCAGGAGCCUCCUCCGGUGAAGUUUGUGAAGCCUCUGCCCAAACCAAUCGAGAGCAGCAAGAAGAAGCGAGGAGGAAAGCGCGUCCGGAAGAUGAAGGAAAGGUAUGCCAUCACAGAGUUCCGUAAGCAGGCCAAUCGAAUGAAUUUCGGGGACAUCGAAGAGGAUGCGUAUCAGGAGGAUUUGGGCUAUUCCCGUGGUGUCCUGGGAAAGUCCGGAACGGGCAGAAUCCGGCUGCCGCAGGUGGAUGAGAAGACAAAAGUGCGCAUCAGUAAGACCCUGCAGAAAAAUCUGCAGAAGCAGCAGCAAGUCUGGGGAGGAAGUACGACGGUGAAGAAGCAAGUGUCCGGAACUGCAUCGAGCGUGGCUUUUACCCCUCUCCAGGGCCUUGAGAUUGUCAAUCCGCAGGCUGCUGAGAAGUCCAUUGAUUCCAAUGCCAAAUAUUUCUCCAACACAAGUGGAUUCCUGUCCGUGGGCAAGAGCACAACAUAAAACGGGGAGAGUGGCAGCAGGAAGUGAGAAAGGUCAAAAAAUAAACAAAAUAAAAAAAGGUCAAGCGGGGGCGAAAAGGCAGGUGAGUUUUUUUUUGUUGAAAUUAUUGUACAUUUAAUAAAUGAAAAUAUUUUAAACUCAAA